GAUAAACAAGGAGGCGCUGCCUCUGCUUCUCUUUCUCCCCCCACGUCGCCGGCGGAAAGUGGUUUCUCCCGACGCCUGCCGGGCGGGCCGAUUCCAGGAAGCCGGGGGGAGGAGGCGCUUCCAGAGAGCGACCGGGAGGAGGCGUGGCCACCCCUCCGGAGGCGAGCGUGGCACGGCCCACAGCGGCGGCCGGAGCGGGGCGGGCGAGACCAAGGGGGCGCCGCGGGGGGAGGCGAGCGGAAAAGCCGGGGACGGAGGCGCUGCGGCGGGAGAAGCGCUAAAAUGGCGUCGGCCGGGCCCGAGUCCGGGGGGAGCAGCAGCAGCAGCAGCGGAGCCGCCACGGCCUUUAGCUUCCUCUGCUGCUCCGUGAUGCCCUCUCGAAGACGUAGAUGUAUGGGGGCGCCCUCAGCCGGGACCUUCAAAAAGUCCUUGGAGGUGCCAGGCUCCUCCGGGCACGGGUCCUCGCAGACCAUCAAGAAAGGCCACCGGAGCGUGGAUUCCAGCGGAGAGACCACCUACAAGAAGACGACUUCCUCGGCUCUCAAAGGUGCCAUCCAGCUGGGCAUCACCCACACGGUGGGCAGCCUCAGCACCAAGCCGGAGCGGGACGUCCUGAUGCAGGAUUUCUACGUGGUGGAGAGCAUCUUCUUCCCCGGCGAAGGCAGCAACCUGACCCCGGCCCACCACUACAACGACUUCCGCUUCAAGACUUACGCCCCCGUGGCCUUCCGCUACUUCCGGGAGCUUUUUGGCAUCCGGCCAGACGACUACUUGUGUUCCCUCUGCAGCGAGCCCCUCAUUGAGCUCUCCAACUCCGGCGCCAGCGGCUCCAUCUUCUACGUCUCCAGCGACGACGAAUUCAUCAUCAAGACCGUCCAGCACAAGGAAGCUGAGUUUCUGCAGAAGCUGCUGCCGGGAUACUACAUGAACCUGAACCAGAACCCCCGGACGCUGCUGCCCAAGUUCUACGGCCUCUACUGCGUCCAGGCGGGCGGGAAGAACAUCCGCAUCGUAGUGAUGAACAACCUGCUCCCCCGCUCGGUGCGCAUGCACCAGAAGUACGACCUGAAGGGCUCCACCUACAAGCGCCGGGCGUCGCAGAAGGAGCGCGAGAAGGUCUUCCCCACCUACAAGGACCUGGACUUCCUGCAGGACAUCCCCGACGGGCUCUUCCUGGACGCCGACAUGUACAGCGCCCUGUGCAAGACCCUGCAGAGGGACUGCCUGGUCCUUCAGAGCUUCAAGAUCAUGGAUUACAGUCUGCUGGUGGCCGUUCAUAACCUGGAUCUGGCCCAACGGGAACGGGCGGUAGCCGACGGGGCCUCCCUGGCAGACACACGGCGGCCGGCCGGCCAGAGGGCCCUCUACUCCACGGCCAUGGAGGCCAUCCAGGGGGAGGCCCGGCGGGGGGGCACCAUCGAGACGGACGACCAGAUGGGAGGCAUCCCAGCCCGAAACGCCAAGGGGGAGAGGCUGCUUCUGUACGUGGGGAUCAUUGAUGUGCUGCAGUCCUACAGGUUCAUGAAGAAGCUGGAGCACUCCUGGAAAGCCCUGGUUCACGACGGGGAUACGGUCUCGGUUCACCGGCCGAGUUUUUAUGCCGAGAGGUUCCAGCGCUUCAUGUGCCAGGCGGUCUUUAAGAAGAUUCCGCUAAAAUCCUCUCCUUCAAAAAAGAGCCGUUCCGGGAUGGGUCCUCCUCGUCGGCCGGGCCAGACUGGGACCCCCGCCCAGGUGCUAAGCGAGAUGAAAGUCCAGGUCACGAUGGAGGCAGAGAUGGAGCCAGGUUCCCAGCUGGGGCGUCCUGAUCUGCUCCCCCAGACGCCCCCCGUUGAAGAGGCCAACAGCGACUCGGCGGCGACCACCUUGUCCACCUCUUCUCUGGGCAGCCCCGGGCACAGCUCUCCAGCCAAUCGGUCAGUUGCUGUCCCCCAGCAGGGCGGGGAGCGGGCUGGAGAGUCCCUGGAGCCAUUGGGGUGCUUGGACAGCACGGCCAGGGGGCAGAACAGCCUCGUCCACCCUGGCUCUAUGGGGGCAGAAGCGCCCCCACCGGACACCCCCAAGGACCUGGCUGUCUUCCAUCUGGAAAGUGCUUCCCCCAGCCCUUCAGUCACAGGGCAGCCUUCUGAGCUGAUGCAGCAACUUGGAGAUUUGGCCGAAACGGAAAUCAAUUGUAACUACCCCUCCCGGGAUGCCCCGCGCCCUGACCUGCCAAGAAGAGCGACGCUGAUUGGCGGUGGGGCAGCGGCCGGUCGGCCGGAGGGACAGAGGCAGGAAGCAGAGUCGGGGGGCGCCGGUGGGGCGAGCAAAGGGGCCGCGAUGGUGCUGGAGAGCACGAUGGUCUGCGUGGACAACAGCGAGUACAUGCGCAACGGGGACUUCCUGCCCACCCGCCUGCAGGCGCAGCAGGACGCCGUCAACAUCGUCUGCCACUCCAAGACCCGCUCCAACCCCGAGAACAACGUGGGGCUCAUCACGCUGGCCAACAACUGUGAAGUGCUGACCACCCUGACGCCGGACACCGGCCGGAUCUUGUCCAAGCUGCAUUCAGUGCAGCCCAGAGGGAGGAUCACCUUCUGCACCGGCAUCCGAGUGGCUCACCUGGCUCUGAAGCACCGCCAGGGGAAGAAUCACAAAAUGCGCAUCAUUGCCUUUGUUGGGAGCCCGGUGGAAGACAACGAGAAGGAUCUGGUGAAACUGGCCAAGCGGCUGAAGAAGGAGAAAGUGAACGUGGACAUCAUCAACUUUGGAGAAGAGGAGGCCAACACGGACAAGUUGACGGCUUUUAUCAACACCCUGAACGGCAAAGACGGCACCGGUUCCCACCUGGUGACGGUGCCUCCCGGGCCGAGCUUGGCCGAUGCCCUCAUCAGCUCCCCCAUCUUGGCCGGAGAGGGAGGAGCCAUGCUGGGCCUGGGGGCAAGCGACUUUGAGUUCGGCGUGGAUCCCAGCGCCGACCCAGAGCUGGCCUUGGCUCUCCGAGUGUCCAUGGAAGAGCAGCGGCAGCGGCAGGAGGAAGAGGCUCGCAGGGCGGCUGCCGCCUCUGCUGCCGAGGCUGGCAUUCCUGCCACGGGUGGGGAUGAUUCAGACGAUGCUUUGUUGAAAAUGACCAUCGGGCAGCAGGAUUUUGGCCGAGCCGGUCUUCCCGACCUCAGCACCAUGACCGAAGAGGAGCAGAUAGCUUAUGCUAUGCAGAUGUCUCUUCAGGGAGCUGAAUUUGGGCAAGGCGAGUCGGUGGAGGGGGAGAGUUCGGCUGAUAUGGACACGUCAGAACCUGCCAAGGAAGAAGAUGACUAUGAUGUCAUGCAGGAUCCUGAAUUCCUCCAGAGCGUUUUGGAAAACCUGCCAGGGGUGGACCCCAACAAUGAGGCCAUCCGCAAUGCUAUGGGGUCCCUGGCCUCCCAGGCCUCCAAGGAGAACAAGGAGAAAAAGGAGGAAGACAAGAAAUGAGUGUGGGGGGAUGGGGGCGGCCGAGUCCCUCCUCCUCCUUCCAUCCACACACCUCCCCAGGUUGUGUGGCCUGGUAGCGUUCGGUUUCCAUAAUCUUUCUGGGCUUGUCUGUCUGCAGGGACGUGGGGUCCCGGGGGAGGGGUGGGGUCCUUUUCGCAUUUUGCUUCUGGUUCAACAGUUAAUAAAAUCCUUAAAUUUU